AUGCUGCGCGACGCUGCGCGCCGCUUCGUCGAAUGUUCCGGCUCCGGCGUGAUGCGCCCACUGCUCCGUGGCGCCACUACUAUAAAUACGCGACGCGUGCAUCCAUCGGCAACACUAUACCCAGAGCGAUUGUGUGAGAGACGCGCAAAUACGAGUUUCGAACGCAAAUUCGACUGGACGAGAGAAAGAGAGAGAGAGAGUAAGUGAGUUAAUUCGUGAGAAGACUUUUCGUUUGUGAAGAAAGCGAUAUACAUCAUGUCUCUGGUGCCGCUGUUGUUCUCCGAUUGGUGGGAAGAUUUGGAACAUCCACACCGGCUGUUUGACCAAAACUUUGGUCUGGGUGUCCAUCCGGAACAAUUGAUAAACCCGAACGUGUUGGAGCGCUUCGUGAUGCCGCAACGCGACCGUCGAAUGCGAUCCUGCCCGUGGGUCUACUAUCGACCGUGGGGUGAACUAUCGCGCAAGGAUGAUAGUGGCACGUCCACCGUCAAGGCGAACAAGGACAAGUUCCAGGUGAUUCUGGAUGUGCAGCAGUUUAAUCCGGACGAGAUCAAUGUUAAGGUCGUGGACAAGUGCGUGGUGGUAGAAGCCAAGCACGAGGAGAAGCAAGACGAGCACGGCUGGAUCUCGCGUCAAUUUGUGCGCAAGUACCUCAUACCGGAGCAGUGCGACAUCGAUCAGGUGUCGUCGAGCCUGUCGUCGGACGGUGUGCUCAGCAUCGUCGCACCGAGGAAGGAUACUCCGGAGACACAUAACGAACGGUCAAUCAAGAUUGAGCGAACCGGCAAACCGGCUAUCCAAGAGAAGAAGUCGCGAGAGAAGAAGGAGGAACAACCAAAGAAAGCUUAAGAGAGAUCGAGCUUAAGAGACAGAGAGAGAGAGAGAGAGAGAGAGGAGGGGAGAGGAGAGGAGAGGAGGGGAGAGGAGAGGAGAGGACAAAUUGCAAUCGAUCGACACUCUACCGUCUUAUUCCCCUUUGCGCGUAUUUACAGUGUCGCCCCGACUCUCUCCUCUUACGUCGUUUAUUGUGAUUUGCGUUUUUUUUUACUUUACAAGUUCAAGAUACAUUUGCCUGUUCGUUUUUCAUUUCUUUAUGAUACAGUGUAACUAAUCCUGAAUAAAAUGUUCGAUUGUAGUUAAUA